AUGAGACAAAAUAAUAAUAAAAAUAAUAAAAGAGGGCGGCAGCGGCAAGAUUCGCCCGGCAGCAAACCCCACCCGCGCCCACCCCUGCCGGGGGCUCAGCCUGCCAGACCGCGCAAAUCCAGGCGGGGGCACCGAGGGAGGGACCUUCGGAACCCCCGCACCAGUCACGGCCGCCCCUCGGGCCGCCCCCGCGGGAGGCAGCGCGGAGGAGCCGCUCCUGCGGGCGGCGCCGGCCCCACCAAGCCGCGCUGCGGAUGGGGCAGAGCCCCUCGGGACCCCCCUCCCGCCGCCGGGAGCCGCUCCCCCGGCGGGGCUCGGCUCGGCUUCGCGCUCCGCCCGCCUGUGGCCGCGUCUCUCCCGCCGCCGGAGCGGCAGGGCGCGCCGGGACAAACUUUCGCAUCCCUCCUUCGCCGGGCGGGCUCCCCCGCGCCGGGCGGGUCCCCGCCGGUACCUGCCGGGGCUGCUGCGGCGGGGAGGGUGGGCGGCCCUGGGCACUGCUCCUCCUGCGGGCCGGCGGCCCAUGCGCCCGGGGCAGGGCGAGGGGCCGCCCUGCACGCCCGGCUACAGCUCCGGCUCCAGCGCCGCCGCUCCGCGCCGCCGCCGCCACAACUCACUCUCCUGUCGCCAGGACAACGACCGCCCGCCCCCUCCGCCGAGCCCCCUCCUUCCCGGCAAACGCCGCGCCCACGUGGGGCCGGGACGCCAAUGGAUGGGCGGGGGAUGGGGCCGGCAGAGGCAAUGGGGGCCCGUGCUCCGGGCGGGAGAGGGGACUGA